CCGUUACAUAUUUUGUAACAUAUAGCAAUGAAUUCUGUGGGCUGCCUUGCACGCAUUUAUCACUUUUAAUGACCAAUGAAAUGGAUUAAACUGCCUAGCUAAGGAUGUAACAAAGUAAUCUUGCUCUGCGGAGGCCAGAAAGCAUUCUCUCCGAUCUAUAAAUUUGAACCUCCCGUUUCAUUUCUUCUUUAACAUAAAAAAUGGCUAAAGCAACAUUUUCUCUUGUUUUUCUCCCACUUUUUCUUCUGUUUUUAUUCUCCAAUUCAGGAGGAAUUCUGAAGCUUACCAAUGCACAGUGGAAAACCUGGUGUGUUGCAAAGCCAUCUUCAAGCGAUGCUGAAUUGAUUGCCAACAUUGAGUAUGCUUGUCGUUACAUCAGUGGUGAUGGCUGCAAUAUCAUAAACGAAGGUGGCUCUUGCUACUUACCCAAUACUCUCCUUAACCAUGCUUCCGUAGCCAUGAAUCUCUACUACCAAUUCCAUGGCAGAAACACCUGGAACUGUGACUUCAAGGGCUCUGCUCUUACCACUACAACCAAUCCAAGCUAUGGCACUUGCCAGUAUGCUUAGCGCCUGCAGAUUUGAUCUUGUUCAGCAAGCGUUGGGCUCUCUCCAUGAUUCUUUUUUAUGCAAGAAAUAUGUUUCUUUACAGAAAAUGGAAUAUGGGUGUUUCAUAUUUAGUUUGCAGUCUGUGGGAAUUUACUGUAAAUAAUAAAUGUGGAAGGGUUCUAUGAAUUUCUCAUUCUUC